UCUGAAGCCACCGGAAGACUGAGUUAUCGGUCCCCGCCCCGGCAGUCAGUCAAUCCAACCUGAAGAGAAGGCGAGUCCACGGCUAAAAAUAUAAUAGCUAACACAAGAUGGCCGGUUUGCCUCGUAGGAUUAUAAAGGAGACACAGCGGUUGAUGGCAGAGCCUGUUCCUGGGAUCACGGCUACACCAGAUGAAGGGAAUGCACGCUACUUCCAUGUGAUCAUUGCAGGGCCUCAAGACUCUCCUUUUGAAGGAGGCACAUUUAAACUUGAACUAUUUCUUCCAGAAGAGUAUCCCAUGGCAGCCCCCAAAGUGCGAUUCAUGACCAAAAUCUACCACCCCAAUGUUGACAAACUGGGAAGAAUAUGUUUAGACAUUUUGAAAGAUAAGUGGUCUCCAGCCCUGCAGAUCCGCACAGUGUUGCUAUCUAUCCAGGCGUUAUUAAGUGCUCCCAAUCCAGAUGAUCCCCUGGCAAACGAUGUUGCAGAGCAGUGGAAGAAAAACGAAAGCAUUGCCAUUGAGACAGCCCGAUCAUGGACCAGGCUCUAUGCGGACAACACUGAAGUAUAGAAGACGAGAGACGACGCGUCUGAAUGUGAUCCACAAAAUGUACUCCUAUUCUGUCAACAUUCGAAUUUAACGGACACAAACAAAAAAGAGAAAAAAAAAUUAUUCUAAGUCCAAAUCUAUUUGAAAGAAAUGACAAGAUUUACUGCUGCAGACCUCUGGGUGACUUAUUUUCCUCUCUAAGACGCGUUAAGUGUGUGUGUGUGUGUGUGUGUGUUAGCCUUUCUCUUCCCCCCCCCCCUGUGUUGCUAUUUAAAUGCAUGGACAGAGAACGACACCCUCCCCACUACAGUCUUAAAAAUAACAUGCGAUAUGUUGUCCUGAACAAGGCACAUACUGGUACGUUUGCAAACUAUACAUGCAUUAAAGCUGUUCUUCUUUUAACACAUGCAUUAUUUGUCAACACAUCUGUAUGUCUUUCGUGAGAGACGACACGUUCCGUUGUUUCGACACUUAGUGUGCGCAGCUGUCUUUUCGCUAGUGGUGAAGUUCGUCUUUUACUCUUUUUAGGGUAUACGCUGAGUUUUUUUGUGUGGUAAAAACAUUCCACGAGAAGGUCAGUUGGUAUUUCCACUGCCGCGUGUCUGUGCGUACCAACACGUCACAACACUGAAUAUUUAGUUGGCGGUGAAGCUACUGUAGUUCAGCAUCUGCUCAAGAGCACACAGGGCACUUAGAACUCUUAAUAUGUUACUCACACAACAGAGACGGAUCUUUUUGUUUUGUUUUGUAAAAUUGGACGUAAAAGCAAGUACAUUUAAAGGGAAGUUCUUCAAUCCCACAUACUGUAAACCUUCAGCGCCAAUUGAUUGAAAAAACAAGGAGGUGAACAUUCAUCCACAGACAACUGAGGGAGGUUCAUUCCAACAUUUUAAAUGUAAAAUAAAUUAGGAGACUGUAUACCUGCCAAAUUUGCCGGUAGAGAAUACACAGCGCUGAACAGCCACAGCUAACCUUUAAAAAGCAUGUAGUCCACAGUUAGUGUCAAUGCGUGACCCAGCAGAUGUCAUUUUUAUAUCUUUUCAUUAUUUACAUCAUUAACGUUGGUCUUAGGUUGAUAGAAAAAGACAAGAUUAUUGUGUGAUUAGACGCCUGAGCCCAAUCAGACGAGGACUGUUUAAUAAUCCAAAAUAUGAUGAUUUGAUGUCAUGUUUUGUUAUUUCAAAAUUAGGUAGGCAAGGAGUUUGUUUGACAGUAGUUUCAGUAAAAGUUUAGACAGCCUUGGGGAGGGUGAUCAGAUGACUUUCACAUGCUUAAAAAUAGCCAUUCCCAACACAUUCAGACGAGUAGAAUGACACAUUGUUCGUGCAUGUUAGUAGCAGACUACAAAGAUGUGUUGAAAAUGGCCCCUUUUUUUAAGGCUGUAGGAAGCUGAGCUGUUUGUUUUUAUUUUCCUUUUUUAUUUUAUUUUUAUUGUCUGUCCAUGCUAUCUAUGUUGCCUGUUCUCUAUUUUAUUUCCAGUGUUACUUCAUUAAAAUGGCAUGUACCAUAACCAGACCGACAUCAGGACAGUUCAAACUAGUUUUCUUGCGGGUGUUUGUGAGAGUUGAGGCGUGCAGUUGUCUUUUUUUAAAAGGGAAAGUUAAAGCUUUUUCGAAGGUUUUGUCGUCGGUUACAAAGUUGUCUUUCACCGUGAUGUUUCCUGACUUUUGUCUCACCUGCUUUUGCUCUUUCUUUGAUACUGAUCUGUGAUGAUUUUGCAAGUGCAUUGAAUUGAUUGGGUCAUUGUGGCAAAAAAAAAAAAAAGUGAGAUUACAAAAAUAAAAAAAGUAUUCAAGAUUAAAGGCUAUUACACAUUUUCUAUUGGCUAGCAAUCAGGAGUCACUCAAAAUAGCACACGUUGUUGUUGACUUUAAAAAGGUGUGUGGUUAGAGGGAUCAACGACAUCAGAUGUUGACUCAUCGCUUAGACCCUCCGUGUCAUAAUGCUUCUGUAUGGCUCAUCUGAGGGAGGACUGUAAUGUUAUGUUGUAGGAAAACUAUUUUUGUUAUGCGUUUUUUUUUCUUUUUUUGGUUGAUCUCUUUUCUCGCUCUUUAUUGGAUUAUAGCAGGCUUGGUGUCGCUUAGAUCUGUUUGUGUCCUGUCCUCACCCAGAAUUAUUAACUAACUGCUACAUUUACUCAAGUCUGGAAGAGAAAAGCACAGCUUAAAACCUGGUUAAUUUAUUGUUUCCUCAAGAAACUUUGACGGUAAUCUAAACCACCAAACGGUCACUGGAUUUCCGAAGCAUCUAGAUCAAAAAGAUAUCGAGAGAUCAAACUGAUUAAUCAGCUCCCCAUGUGUAAGCAAAAAAAUAAAUAAUAAUAUCAGUACAUUUGCAUACAUGGCUCUUCAAAUACUCUGUAAAUAAACUGAGUUAAGUAAGUA